GUGACCUUCACCCAACUCAUGAAACGCCCCCUAAUCAGGGCGAUGUGGCUUUCUGAGGAUAUGUGUGAAAUGUGACUAAUAGUAGUGUGGCGGUAUAACUAAUAUAUCAGUGUAUAUAAUUCAUAAGCUGAGUCGGAUUAAACAUGGAUCCGAAUUUUUCUAGAAAGAAUGUAUUCAUGUACCACGACAACCCGGGAGAGGGGCCUCUGCUGGUGACAGCCGUGAAGUAUGUCGAGAAGAGCUGCAGCAUCAACUUGAGCCAUAUUAAAGUCCGUGAAGUCCAGUACGCCAAGCCGCUGUUGGUGCUUUUCUGCCCAAUAGUCAAUAAGACUGACGUCGAUGUCAACGCUCUUCUCGACAGCUCUAGAGACGGCGAAGAUGUGCUUCUAGUGAUGGUAAAACGAGCUGUGGAGCAUUCAAAAAAUAGAGACAGUUUGGAUCAUCUGAAGGACCCAAUCUCAACCUCCACAAGAAACCGAGUCGGUGCUGCAUGCACCAUAUUUUUUUCAGGUAAAGAGAAAUUCAAAGGAUAUAAGAACGAAAACGGGCUAGCUGUGAACGAAGUAAAGCGAGUAGUAAACCUUUGUCUAGAACGUAAACCCUGGGCAACACAUUUCCCAGUUGGCCAGAAUGUAGAUCGAGUUGACGGAGCGUCAUCUGUAGCAGCUCACCAAAGUCCACAAAACGAGCCUCGUCCCAUUCAAUUUGUUCAGUCAACUCAGCCGGAACAACCUAAGCCAAUCCAAGUUUUUCAGCCAAUCCAACAGCCUCAGCAUGUACGGUCAACACCUCAUGUUCAACCUGCCCAACAGACUCAACCAAUUCCACAGAUUGUCCUCACUCCACCAAGUCAACCUGCUCCAGCAGUAGACCCUUUUCAACCUAGUCAACCUACAAAGGUAGUUGAUCCGUUUCAGACUCAACCAACCCUGGCAAAUGAUCCGUUUCAGACAGCACGAGGUCAACUCCACCCAAUCCGUUGAUCCGUUUCUGGCAGGAGGAACUCAACCGACUGGUUCAGUAGAUCCGUUUCUGGCAGCUGGAAGUCAACCGACUGGGGCAGUUAACCCGUUUCAGACAGCAGGAGCAUCGGACAAGUUUGAUGACUUCUUCGACCCCAGAGGGGAUUCAUCGACCAAAGCUUCGGGAGACCCAUUUGCAGAUGCUUUCAGUGCACCAACUCCGGAAGAGCCUACCAACUUAAAUUUUCCUCAACCAAAACCUGUCCUAAAGGACGUUCGUAGCCCAGUGUUCUACUUCUUUGACGACACCAGUCCCUUGGAACAUGACACCGUACAUUUCAUAGAAGAACAUGGCAACUUCCAGCUGAAGGCUUGUCGCCGCCAAACAGCCGCUGUGGUGUCGCCGUUGGUCGUGUUUAGUCCGUGCUACACCAUGCCAGAUGCAGACGCCAAGUCCGUCCUCGGACACAGUAGAGAUGGGGAAGACGUAUUCUUGGUCAUCGUGGAACCUGUGUACAGUCACAAACCCAAAAAGCAGGCAUGUCUAUCCGAGUCAGUACAGGCAAAGAUAGGCUCGUAUGGGGUGCUCUCGUAUUCUCUGGAUACUAAAACAUAUGAAACAACUAAAGCAAACAUUGAAAUGGUUACCAAGCUACGUGACUUCAUUCAACAAAUACAAUCUCUAACUGAAGACGACGACGAUGACGAUGAUGAUGAAGAAGAAGAAGAAGCUCCUUCAAAUAUCCUUGUGCUUGAAGGAUUUCAUGAACUCGGCUUUGAUGAAUCGGACGCCUGAUCCAAAUGGACACUUACUACUGGAGCCAUGUCUAAUGUUGUACAUCGUCGUACAAACAAUCUCCGCGGGAAGCACUCGUAACAUUUCCAGAAUUAGUUCUCUCAGUGAUGUAGAACUAACUCGACGAUAUUACAUAUUGAAAAUAAUAAUGGAAUGCUAAGAUAUUGAUGAAAACAGUUCAUCCCUUCUUGAAUCGAACAAUACUGAUGGUAUUCAGUUCAGUUCAAUUGGCGAUUCAGUUCUGAUCCUAUUUUAGUGGACAGGGUAGACUUAGAGAAAGAAAUUUUAUCGAAAAUCCUCACGGUAGGAUGGUGACAUUGUGUCCCACACAACAUCGUAUAUCUGAGUCGUGUUAUCAUGACAUACAUAGUGUUAUCAGUGUGACAUUGUCAAUUCAAAAGUGUAAGUGUUUGUAAGUAACAAAUGUCCAGUCAACAAAAAGCAAAAAUGACCUCGCUUUCAAGCAUAUAUUUUGGGGAUCUAUUCUUAUUAUCACUUGUUACAUGCAAGCAAAGUUAUACCAUAUAGUCUCAUUACAUACACAUCCACAUUACACCUCGAUCCUCCACCACUCGGUCUUGAUGCUGACGCGACUGGUUCGCUUCAGUCGCACAGGGCGCGGUCGCGAUUCUAGCAACGUGAAUCUGGAAACAAUUACAGCUUCACCACCCUUUGAUUAUCAUAGUAUUACAUCUUUAUUAUUAAUGACAAAUACCCGGGCCCCUUCCCCACCAUACCAUAGCGUGUUAGCAUGUUCUCAUGAACUUCCUCACGGCAUUGUGGGUAAUUUGACUGGACGGUUUCUUGCGUCGCUUCUCACUCGAAAUAAUACACUGAAUAAUCUGGAGUGAACUUUAACCAGCAGCGGUAUGUGGUAUCUUGUCCACUCGAUCGCAGUACUGAAGGAACAUUAGUUUUGAACAGGAGCGUACAUAUAUAUAUAUAUAUAUAAAACAUUUUUCAUUGAAUGUCAUGGAGAUUUGUAUGUUUUUCGUAUAAAGACGCACCAAGCAAUAUUUCAGCUAUGUGAGGGCGGUGUCCAGAUAACGUAGAGAGCAGACCAACAAGUGAUUGAUGUUAUGACAGAAAUCUACAAGCCCUCGUGUGAAUGUCACGUUAAGAAGAAUCUAUGUACAGUUUUAUUUAUUCACCAUGUUUAUGAAUUGAAUGAAUGGAUGUAUACAAGUUCAUUGUCACAUUGGCAAUAUUCCAUCCAACUGCGAUUAAUUGUGUUAGCAAAGCCUUUAUUCGUAUGUAUUUAUUUUCAACAAAAACAUAUUGAGAAUCCUAUCAAUAAACUUAUACUUUUUGAUUUCGAAAAA